AUGUUGUCGAAGCUGACAACGUCGGCGAGAGUCGCAGUUCGGCAUGGAAGUGCCGCUUCGGCUAUCCGCACGCACAAAAUUCCUGGCCAAAGAGUUAGUUGUUCACGAGCUUCUUUUUCAAAAGUUUCUUUCCAAAGUUGCCCCUGGCCAAGUACGGCGGUCGGCACACGGUGACAGCCCUACCUGGCGAUGGCAUCGGUCCCGAAAUGAUCGAACACAUUCGCAAAAUCUUCUCCUUUUGUCAUGUUAGUUGAGUGAAAUAAGUAAUUUCCUGAAGGUAGACUCAGGUGCCGGUUAACUUCGAAGAAGUGCAAGUCUCCUCAUCUUUGGUAGGCGUGAACGAUCUGGAGGCGGCGCUGUUAGCCAUUGAACGAAAUGGAGUCGCGAUCAAGGUAAUCAAGUUUUUCCUUCAUGUUCCAUGAUUUUAAUUAGUAGCUGAAAUAAGUUUUUUGUAAAAACAAGGUCCGUAUCUUCGAGAAAGUAUAUAGCUGGCUUGAGUCAUUGAAAAAAUGAUCCUGAAACGAUAAGAAAAUAGGCAGUGCCUAGUUCGUGGAGAGCGCAGGUUCGAUGCUAGAAUGAGGACAGUGUGGGAAAAGAGAAUAUUCACACUUCUAGGUAGUAUUUUGUCUCAGCUAGUAAUGAGCAAUGUACGAAGCUAUGCUUGCUGACAAUUUAAAAAAUGCAAUCUUCAAAUCGGCAUCAUUUUCUAGCUACUUCGUUUCAACGCUUGUUUUUCCGUAGGGCAACAUCGAGACGAAGCACGACGACCCGUCGUUCAAAUCCAGGAACGUGGAGCUUCGCAGUCGCCUCGACCUAUACGCCAACAUUCUUCACUGCGUCACGAUCCCAACGGUGCCAUCGAGACACAAGGUGCCGCGAUUUGCAUCGGGAAGAAAUAAUUGAAAAUGAAGGACAUUGACGUUGUAUUAAUCCGAGAGAACACGGAAGGCGAGUACUCUGGCCUGGAGCACGAGACAGUUCCGGGAAUCGUCGAGAGCAUCAAGGUCGCAAGUUUGAUCAUUUAGUCUAAAGUCAGUUUCCAGAUUGUCACAAGAGAAAAGAUCGAAAGGAUCGCCCGUAUGGCUUUCGAAUAUGCAACUCUAAACGGCCGCAAAAAGGUAUAUAAAUUUUAAAAAAAAAGAUAUGAAAUUUUUCUGCAGAUCACAGCUGUGCACAAAGCUAACAUUCAGAAGUUAGGGGAUGGCUUGUUUUUGAAGGUUCAUCGAUUUUUUUCACAAAGGAAAAAGAACUUUCAGGUGAUUCGCGAUAUGUCGGAGGAAUACAAAAACAUAAAGUUUGAGUCGAUGAUCGUCGACAACGCGUCCAUGCAACUGGUAUAGUCUUUUCUGAAUUAUCACAGAAAUUGUUAACUAUGUUGCCGGUCAGAAUUUUCAUAUUCCCUUUUUUCAUUGUAAAAAAGUGGGUUGGCUCAGUUUGACGUUUGCGUCAGUUCCAUCUUUCCUACUUUGAAUAGAAGCUCAAGAUUCUAACUAGAUGUUGAAACUUCAUCAAAGCUUUUUUCCUUCCAACUUCGAAUCGGUCCAAGGAACAAGAUAUAGGAAACAAAUUGACUAAGAUUCAAUCAUGAGAUUCAUUUGUAAAACGCCUCGGACAUUGGUGACAAGAAGGACGUACGUUUCUGGGCAAUUCUAAGAAUUACUUAAGAGUGCUGCCAAUACUAAAGUGGUCACAACGAAUGCCCAGGAACAUCCGCAGGUAUUGUAAAACUUUUUUCGGCUGGUAUUUAUCCACAAAUAUAUAAUAUAAUACCAGCCAGAAAACUGAUUUUAUUUAUUAUGCCCUGUUCAAUUUGAUUCUUCGAAACGCAAAAUACCCGUUAGAGAAAGGAAAAGAUCACUAAAUCUUGGAGAGUCAGAGACCAUUUUGCAUUUCGCGAAAAUUAAUUUGAACACGACCUUAUAAACGUUUAAACGUUCAAUCUCGCUUUUUGCGCGUCGCUUUUCAUGCAUCGCGUGCACUGCGUACAACACAUUUCAUUUUCCGCCGUGGCGGUGGGUGUGGCGUCGAUUUGGUGUCGCCGUGAUCCUCAGCACGUCCGUUUCGCGUUACCAAUGUCCGAGAAGAUCUGUCAAAGACCUUCCUGAUCUUGUUUUUAGAUAAUCUCAAGAACUUUCUGUUAAAAGAUGAAAUGUUAGGUCUCCCGACCCCAGCAGUUCGACGUGAUGGUGAUGCCAAACCUCUACGGUAACAUCAUUUCCAACAUCGCUUGCGGCCUGGUCGGCGGCCCGGGACUCGUCUCAGGAAUGAACAUCGGCAGCAAAUAUGCCGUCUUUGAGACUGUAGCCUUCAGUUAUCCAAAAUUGGCUGUAAAGCGGUUUGCAGGGUACUAGAAACACGGGAACUUCUCUCGCUGGGAAAGACUUGGCCAAUCCGACGGCUUUUAUCCGAGCCAGCAUCGACAUGCUCAGGUAUUCGAAAAUUGUUCAGUCAUGACUACAACUAAGCUUCCCAGGUACCUCGAUUGUCACUACCAUGCAAACCUCAUUUCCGACGCCCUGUGGAAGACUUUGGUGGAGCAGAGAGUUCACACUAGAGAUUUGGGAGGGCAACACUCAGUUACUACUUUUUCGCCUAAAUUUGAUCUCCUUGUUUUCUUUGAGGCCAGCGACGUCGUCAAUUGUACGCUGCAGAAUGUGGAAAAGAUCAUGGAAGCCGAGCGAUAG